AUGGUCUGGUUUCCCUUGAACGUUGAGGAUGACGCGGUCUCCUGGAGUUUCGAUAUUGUCGGUUUACUGGCGGUGGUUGGAGGAUCCGCUAUUGAGAAGCAUGCGCAGGCCAUCACCGCAUCGCCGUUUGGCAGCUUCCCUCGACUCCUACCAGCCCCCGAAACAAUGCUGGACACCGAUCGACCAGCGCGACUGCCUGCUGUCAAAGACGUAACCGUCGUUGGCGUCCACUCUGGUAACCAGUUUACCGAGCUCAACUUCUUCGCCAACGUGAUUCACGACAUCGAGUCAUUGCCCUCAUUCCGAUUUCAGUGCUUCCGAAUCAGCCACAGGAAGGAUGCAAACAAGGACCUCCAGCAGGACCUCGAAAAGAACGAGGCUGGCGAAAAAAAGCCAAAGAGUCCUGAAAAAGCCAUCAUCCCUCUACACAAGUUCUGUCCGCUGAAUCUGGUCACCUUUGCUUCAAUUCUGAUGACAAUCGCCCUUUUCGUCUGGGCCGGCGUCCAGCAUGAGGCGGUGGGUAUACUCGGUCUGGGAACGAUGUCUUUGUCAACAAGCAUGGCCUGCAUGUCCGCACAGUGGCGCCCAUCUCUCUCUGUUCGCACAGUCAAAGGAAAGGUAGCUGACGGAGACGUUGUGAUCCGUACGCGAUCAGGUGCCUUCGUGUGUGUUAAAUGUACCGAGGAGGUUGCGCGCGAGCUUUAUGCGGGCACCGAAACCUGUGAUUACGUUUUCAAUGGGCGGUAUCACCAGGUCCUCCUUGCCACAAGCACGGCCCUGCUCAUGGCUGCUAUUAUCUUCUUCAGUAAUACUGGCUGGAAGAUUCAGAUUGCUGUUGGCCUAGCCUACAUUAUUCUCAACCUCGCUUAUUGGGCUAUGGCACUCCUCACAGAUCCAUCGGAAAUGUGGAAUAUGGAUGACCGAUACGUGGUGGAAAAGAUUGACGAUCACCCGAAUGAUAACUUCACUCAAGUGUUAUGGGAUGCUAUCCGAACAACGGAGAGGAUAGGCUGGGUCAAGAAGACGAAGUCUGCCCCGGCGACCAAGAACUGGGAUGGAUGGCUAGCCGAGGCAAAGGAGAACUGUCGUGACAAGGAUUGGAAGUGUGAGGCAGCGCGCGAUAGAUGGAUGCAGAUGAAAUUGGAAAAGCACGACCAGGAGUGA